AGACUUUAAUUGAUAUUUAAAGUCGAAACAAAACAGAAAUCCUUUGUAAUUGCAAUUGGCAUUUAAUACAAUUUUAGUUCAGAUUAAUAUGUAUUGUUAAAAUACAAUAAUGGCACAGAGUCUUAGACAGGCUACUAUUUAUCGUCCCUUACAUAUAGUACGAUAUUAUUGUCAAGGUGAACCGAAAUCUUUGUAUGAGAAACAUGAAAGAGGGGAGCAGCCAAGAAAAGUGCAUGGCGAACUAUAUCCUGAGUGGCGUAAACCUUGGCAUAAGAGGGAAGGUGAAACCAUUAGCAAAUUAAAUAUAUUCGUUGAAAAAAACCCAAGUAUGAAUAUACUUAAUGCCAUGCAAAAAAUCCCUAAUCUCACAUUUGGAGACGUAAAAGAUUGGUGGAAAGAGAUGAAAGAAAUUCAGGAAAUACAAAAUCAAAAGUUUUUGCCUGAAAGAGUUGCAACUUUGGGUAGCAAUUUGGCUGCAGUGCACUUUUUCACAUAUCGUCAUUGUUCUGUUCGACUAAAAGAUUCGAAGGAGUGGAUUUCUGGAGAUGCUAUGACUCUAAAUCUACCUAGUAAUUUCGUCAGUGGUUAUUUUGUUGAAGCUGUAGAUUGCUCAAAAUUCCACUACAAUGGUAUCAGGUAUGAGGGUAUUCAAAAUCUGACAGGUCUUAAUUUUUUAAAAUGGCUUUCAUUGAGAAACAAUAAAUUUAUUGAUGUCUGGUGUCUAGAUCGAUUAGCAGGACAGAACGGAAAUAGUUUAGAAUUUCUUGACAUUGUUGGUUGUAAUAUAUGUGUAGGUUCAAUAUUUGCUCUAUCAAGAAUGUUGUCUCUUAAGUUUUUAGUCCUUAGUGAUCCUGGAGAUAAUAUAGAAUUGCAGGCAGCCUUAUCUAUGCUUGAAGAAGAUAAACCUGGAUUAUUAAUAAAAACUAUACCAAAACCUGAAAGUGUAAAUUUAGAUUGAUACUUAUUCAUUUUUUAUAAAAUUUUAGUGCUAAUAGCAAUCAUUAGAUAGAAUAUAGCAGAUUUUAUUUAUUAACUAAAUGAUUCUACUGAAAGCUUAAUUGAUUAUGUUUGAUGUAAAGAAAAUAAAUGAAACACACAAAUGUU